AUGUCAAACCCUGAUGAUCUAGAUGAUGGUCUUUUAUACGAAUAUGAUGAUGCUGUUGACGCCGAACCAAUAGAAGAAACUGAAGAAGACCAACUUAAUGAUAGAAAAAGACCACUAGAAAAUGAAGGUGUUGCAACCCAGGAGAAUACAAGUAUUGAAGAACGUGGUGAUGAUAAUGUGGACGAAAGUCAUCUUUCUAAGAGACAGAAGAAAUUGAAGAAUUCAAAACUGCACCAGAAGAAAAAAGAGCAAGUAGAAUAUCAGAUAAAUCAAAGAAAGUCGAUUCCAAAAGCAUCUUCAGAAGCUAUUGUUGAAUAUUUGGCCACGUUAAUUAGGGAGAAGAAUCCUGAUUUAAGUGCAUUGGAGUUGAACGAACUGUACUUUAAGAAGACAGAUUUCAUUUCCACAGAGAAAUUUAACGUUGAUCGUAAUUUAGUAAACUUCCCACAAUUCUUAUUGCAAUUUUCAAAGGCUCCUAAAUCAGUUAUACUCUCAAUGUCCAACAUUAGAGUUGCAGACGUUUACAGAAGUGUUGAAGGUAAUAAUAAUGCUAUAAAACUAUUCGCUAAGAAUAAACUGAAGGAUGACCUGCAAUCUGUUGAAGAUAUUCUAGGAGACAAGAAAAGUAAAGGUGAAGGAAAAGAUAAGAAGAAGAAAAAGGGAAGCAUGAGGUAUAACAAUUUAAAAUACUUUAUUUCAACACCAACAAGAAUGAAGAGUUUAUUAGAAUCCACCGACGCCUUUUUUCAAGGUAAGGACAAAUUGGAUAUAAUUCUAGAUGCCAGUUACCUUGAUCCUAAAAAUAAUUCACUACUGUCUUCAGAUAACACAAUUGUAUUAUGUGAAAUUUUGAAACUUAUCUUGGAAAAGAAAAGUUCAGUAAAGAUCUUAUUGUAUUAG